AUGACCAACUCCUGCUGUUCCCCUUGCUGCCAGCCCAGCUGCUGUAGGACCUGCUUCCAGUCAAGCUGUGUGAGCAGCUGUUGCAGCACACCCUGCUGCCAGCCUUGCUGCUGUGUGUCCAGCUGCUGCCAGCCCUGCUGCCAGCCCAGCUGCUGCAAGCCCUGCUGCUGUGUGUCCAGCUGCUGUAAGCCCUGCUGCACACCCUGCUGCAAACCCUGCUGUUGUGUGUCCAGCUGCUGCCAGCCCUGUUGCCAACCUUGCUGCAAGCCCAGCUGCUGCCAGCCCUCCUGCUGCCAGCCCUGCUGCUGCAAGCCCUGCUGUAAGCCCUGCUGCAAGCCCUGCUGUUGUGUGUCCAGCUGCUGCCAGCCCUGUUGUCAACCUUGCUGCAAGCCUAGCUGCUGCCUCAAGCCCUGCUGCCAGCCCUUCUGCCUUGACCUGUGCUGCCAGCCAGCUUGCUCUGGACCUGUGACCGUCACCAGGACUUGCUACCAACCCACAUGUGUCUGUGUGCCUGGCUGUCUGUCCCAGGGCUGCGGGUCCAGCUGCUGCGAGCCCUGCAGUUGUUGA